CUGACCGCAUCUUCGGAGAAAAGCCUGGGAGCUCAAAACAGAAGCCACAGCGCCUCCUGCCUGCCGCCUUUCCUCCCCGGCUUGAGAAUCCCACACUGAACAAGAUGUGCAAAGGACUUGCAGGUCUCCCGGCUUCUUGCUUGAGGAGUGCAAAAGAUAUGAAACAUCGGCUCGGUUUCCUGCUGCAGAAGUCUGAUUCCUGCGAACAUAAUUCUUCCCACAGCAAGAAGGACAAAGUGGUGGUUUGUCAGAGGGUGAGCCAAGAGGAAGUAAAAAAAUGGGCUGAAUCCCUGGAAAACCUGAUUAGCCAUGAAUGUGGGCUGGCGGCUUUCAAAGCUUUCUUGAAGUCUGAAUACAGCGAGGAGAACAUUGACUUCUGGAUUAGCUGUGAAGAGUACAAGAAAAUCAAAUCACCCUCGAAACUAAGUCCCAAGGCCAAAAAGAUCUAUAAUGAAUUCAUCUCAGUCCAGGCCACUAAAGAGGUGAACCUGGAUUCCUGCACCAGGGAGGAGACAAGCCGGAACAUGCUGGAGCCCACGAUUACCUGCUUUGAUGAGGCCCAGAAGAGGAUUUUCAACCUGAUGGAGAAGGAUUCCUACCGCCGCUUCCUCAAGUCCCGAUUCUAUCUGGAUUUGGCCAACUCUUCCAGCGCCGGCUCGGAGAAGCAGAAAGGAGCCAAGAGCCCUGCAGACUGUCCUUCCCUGGUCCCCCAGUGUGCCUGAUCGUCCCCCGGCGCCGGAGGCUGAUAUACCCAAGACUUAACGCCUGGAAAACCCGAGGCCGAAUAUCGAUCUGUAUUAAGCACGAGGGCUUUUAUCCACCUUGUAGCUUAGUAUUCACGCUGCCUGCCAUGUGUGAGUCACCCCCCCCCCCCCGCCCCCGUGUACAAAGUAGAUUUAGUGUUGGUGUUUCAGUGUCCGUCAGGGCACCACCUCAUUCCAGUCCGGUUUUCCCAGAUUUCCUUUAGGGUACAGUGUGAGCAAGUAUCCAAAUAAUGGUUGUGUAAGGGUGGCUUCUCAAGGACUCGGACUUCUCCUCCCAACGGCCAGACCUCAGAGUUGUUGGUUGGUCCAUUUCAUGUGACAUCCACAAGCACAUGCAUUCUGUUGGCACUUUCUCUAAACUCUAAGUGUUUAGAUGAAGUUGAUCUAUUAUGUGUAUGUGUGCGUGCAAAUAUAUGUAUAGAUGUACAUAUAUUUACGUAUAUAAAUACACGUUUACAUAUAUGCAUGUAUUUACACACACCCACAUACACAUUCUAUGUAUAUGUGUCUGUAUAUAUACAUACAUACUUCUGCGAGUAGAGUUAGGAAAGACCCUAGGUGCUCGCGACUAGAGUGGGUGUACAUAUUUAUAUGCAUUUUCUGAUUCCUGGCCUUUCAACCUGCAAUCAAACAGGCAAACAGAACCAGCCGCCCUGCAGGCCAAGAAAGGCAUGCCAGUCUGGGGGAAGUGGAUUCUGUAAAACUCCCCAGGUCUUGCUGGAGAAGCAGCCAAGGGACUACAUGUGUAGUUUACCCACAGGGAGCCUCCCAAAUUGAACAGUAUUCUAAGGAGCAAAUACCUACAGAAUUGUAGGCCUGAUGGUCGCCGUUUUCUCUCAGGCUGGUUGUUACUAAUGGCACUUCUCAGCCCCUAAGCUGCUGGCUUCCCCUUCUUUGCCUGGGUGCUUGGUGCGUGAUUGUCAGCAGGGUUGGUACAGAGUUGGGAGAGAAGCUGCUCGAACGGAAGGAAGAGAUGCAGGUAGGGCCUUGGCAGCCUGCUUGCUGGGUGAUCCUGGCUGAGUGAGGGCACAGAACUCCAGAGUUCAUAGUUUUAUCCUCAACUCUUUUCCUCUCCUGAUCAAGGUGCUCUCCUCAUUUUGUUUUUUUUUUCCGGAGGACUUCAGCCAUCAGACGAGGCUCCUUUCUUCACUGGGGGGUUGGUGGCUUACCCACCAGGGGUCCAGGCUUUGUGCCUACACCUCCGGGAACCAGCAACAAGGGAAGGAUUGUAUCUUAUAAAAGGAAACACGUUUGCACAAACUGAAAAGCCCUUGUAAGUUUCUCUUUUGAGAGCAGGAUCUCGGUCAUUCCAUUCCCAGACGUCAGGACGUCAGGACUAACAGAGCCUGGAGGUAUCUGCUUCUAGGCUCUGAAGACUAAAUGAGAGAGAAAAGGGGGAGAGGGGAAGAAAAAGGGAGAUCAGUUGUUAGAACUACUGUUUGGAACUUUUCAAGGCACACGAAAUACUUGAAAAUUUCUCAUUUAUGUUAUUUAUGAUGUUUUGUACAAUGUUUUUAUUACUGUAUUGUUUUAUAAAUGGAGGUGCAGGAUAUCACCUGAAUUAUUCAUGAAUGGCCAGGAAGUAAUUUUCUUCUCAUUCUUGUAAAAUCACAGCUUUCGAAGCGCACACCCGCCUGCACGCACAGUGCACUGGUACACGUGAGCACCUUGUGGCUCUUAAGAGGACAGGCCGGUCGCAGACCGAAGAGACCAGAGUGUGUAUGUGCAGGUCUCACUGAAUCAGAGAUCUAGGUUUUCUCUUUUGAGCCCUUCUUGUCUCUCUGCCAGUCCUUGCUCUCAGCGUUCCCAGGCUCAUUCGUCAGUGCCCCGUUUAGUCCACCAUUUUGUCUCUGGUUGACUCCACAAUCCCAAUGUGUAACUCCCUUGACCUUGCCCUGUUAGAACUGUCAUGCCUUCCAGAUUGGACCUGUGCCCUUGGACUGCUCUCUCCCACAUAGGUCCGGAAGAUCAUUCUGAAUGAGAAGUAAAUUAUUUUAUGUAAUAUAAUUUUUCAAGUGUGUUUUUCAAUUAUAUUGUCCUCUUACUUUAUCACCGCUGGCCAUGCUGAGCUUACGCGCAGCCCGUGGGCAGAAUUCUCCCGUGUGCAUGCCUGCUUUUAUCAUGUGCUUUCAAGGCCUCAAAGCUGAUGCUUCCGGUGAAACACACGCAUCUUAACAACAAGGGUAAAUAAAUGCUUCAGACAAAACUA